AUGGCAGACGGAAACGCAGAAUGUCAGUGUCUAAACAAAGACACCACACCAGCGUUUUCAGCUGUACUCACGCAUGCGCAAAACGUUGCAGCGAAUACAGCUGUCAAGUUUGACAAAGUUGUUACAAAUAUACAAGACGGCUAUGAUCCAGCUACCGGUAUUUUCACCGCACCUACUGAUGGAGUGUACCACAUCUCGUGCACUGUGACAAGCCCCAAAGGAGGAAAGCUGUUCGUUAGUCUGUAUCACAAUGACGUGACGAUAAGUAGUAUGUUGGUUAGUCCUAUAGAUGACACUUAUGAAAUGGGCACAACAAACAUGGUAUUGGAUCUAAAGGGAGGAGACGAAGUCGCCAUCAGGUCACGUGGAAAUUUUCAAGCUCACAACGCAGAAUGUCAGUGUCUAAACAGAGACACCACUCCAGCGUUUUCAGCUGUUCCCACGCAUGCACAAAACGUUGCAACAAAUACGGCUGUCAAGUUUGACAAAGUUGUAACAAAUAUACAAGACGGCUAUGAUCCAGCUACAGGUAUUUUCACCGCACCUACUGAUGGAGUGUAUCAUAUCUCGAGUACCGUCACAAGCCCCAAAGGAGGAAAGCUGUUCGUUAGUAUGUAUCACAAUGAUAUGAAGAUAACCAGUAUAUGGGUCAGUCCUGCAGAUGCCACUUAUGAAAUGGGCACAACAAAUAUGGUAUUAGAUCUAAAGAAAGGAGACAAAGUCGCAAUAAGAUCACGUGGAAAUUUCAAAGUUCACAGUAAUGCCGAUAUCUACAGCUCAUUUUCUGGCUUUCUGAUUUCAAAAUAA